GGGUUUUCGGGCCGCUGUUAGCCUAUUCAACUUGAUUCACGUGACUGGACACGGGCUCUGUCUUGGCGCGAAGCGACGGCAGGCUAUCUGCUCCACCCUGACGCCUGGAUGGUUGUCCAAGCGUCCAAGGAAGCUCGACAAGCCUUCUCCCGUCGCGACUGUUGAUUGACUGAUAAAGUAGAGGUAACAAGCUGGUAAUCGAGACCUUGUCACCACCAAUUCCAUACAACACAUAUUCAGUUACGCGUCGUAAAUAAGUCAAGAUGAAGCUGGUCAGAUUUUUGAUGAAAUGCGCCAACGAGACGGUGACGAUUGAGUUGAAGAAUGGCACAAUUGUACACGGCACCAUCGCCUCGGUCACACCCCGCAUGGACACUGCGCUCCGCAACGUCAAGAUGACUCCCAAGGGCCAGGACGCUGUGGCUUUGGAUGCCAUGAACAUUAGGGGCUCGACAAUCCGUUACUUCAUUCUCCCCGAUUCCCUGCCGCUCGAUACAUUGCUAGUCGACGACUCCGUAAAGCCCAAGAACAAGGCGAGAAAGGAAGCGGACCGCAGCGCCGGCGGCAGAGGUGGCCGUGGUGGCCGUGGCAGAGGAAGAGGAAUGGGUCGCGGUCGCGGCCGUGGCCGUGGCUAAGCGAAAUCUCGUUUCU